AUGGAACAAGAACAUGAUAUCAGACUAAGUUUGUCUCUAGAAGAUUUGGGUUUCAAUGCUGAAAAUGACAGCAAUAAGAGAAAAUCGAGCAAAAAGUACUAUAAUGAAGAUGGCACAAAAGUGUUCCUAUCAAAGAACGCUGGGUCAGAAAGAAAGAGGAAACAGAGACUCAAUACCAAACUCUUCAUGCUUUGGUCUUUAGUACCAAUGGUCACAAAUAUGACCAAAGAAAGCAUUUUCAACGAUGCCAUUACUUAUAUCAAGAAGCUUAAAGAUGAAGUUAAGAGUCUCACGCAAGAGCUUCAAGCAAUGGAACCAAAAGAAAAGUUUAAGGAAAGAGCUGAGCCAAAAAUAGGUGAUUUUCUUGCUGAAGAGGUUCAAGUGGAAAAAAUGGAUGGAAAUAAGCUAUGGGUUAAGAUGAUCUUUGAGAACAAGAGAGGAGGGUUCAAGAAAUUAAUGGAGACUAUGAAUGAUUUAGGGCUUGAAAUGAUAGAAGCCAAUGUAACAACCAUAAAAGGAGCAUAUCUUAUUACAACUUUCAUAAAGGGAAUGGGUGGUCAGCGACUUGAUGUUCAUCAAGUCAAACAUUUGUUGCAAGAUAUAAUCAAGAUCAUUUAG